AUGAAGGAGCAGCCAGCAGUGGACGAGUGGCAUCGGCAACUUUGGCCGGGACAGCCUGUGCCAGUCGUUACUCCAGAGAAGGGUGGCGGGGAAUAUGCCACCAGGUAUGUGACUACGUCUGUGAUGGUAGCAUAUGUGCUUCACAUGUGCUCUUCCUCCAGGCCUGCAGAGACUAGGAAGCUAGCUUAUGGAUGCUUGCGCUCACUGUUUGACAAAGCAUGCCAAACAGGCUGUUUCAGGAUACAGCAUGUGCACUUCUCGCUAGACUUGCAGCACGGACAAUGGACCACCCAGGAAUUGAGGCGUCCUACUGAUUUUCAGCCUUGGACGCAGCCUUUCUUUGACAAGCUAGUUGCUUUUCAGUGGAGCCUAGACUUGGUUGAUGACAAGAAGAUCGGUGUGACUUCCGUGCCUCCGAGAAUUCACCCCGCUGACUUUGUGCUGUGGACCAUGGACAUCACACGUGACUUGCGCAGACAGGCACCAGAAACUUUUUCUGCAAAGACAAAGAUGCAAUCGGCAGCGCUGUCGCUGUUGACGCAGCUGGCGUCAUUCAUAGAUGGCCACAUGAGAGCAGUGACCAUGGAGUAUCAGUUUGUGUCAGAGUCUGGAGCUAGGCCGCGGGCGGCAGCCAAGAAGAAGGCUGCAAAUGAUCUGAUGAGGUGUUUCAGGCGUCGGAAACCAGCGAAGAGAACGUCCGCUGCAGUCGUUUGGGAGAUUUGCGGAAGGGUGAGCGAGCUCUUGUUUUCGCAAGAGGAGCGUUGGAUUUCCAAAGCCAUUGCCGCUGCUGGGGGAGGUGUCUCGAGUGUCACGAAAGUUCUUUUCGACGGCUCCGACAACGCCAUGAAGCCUGUGGAGAUUUUCUUCUGGUACAGCAACAACACGCUUGCAGGGGCGUACGCCCCACCUGUCGUCCGCGGCCCAGUGACUGGCAAAGAAGCACGCCUGACUCUGGCAGCUAGGGCUGUGCGUAUAGCUUGGGAGAUAGAUGCCAAAUGCCGCCAGAUUCUGAAUGAUCACAACAUGUGGACUAGAUCUUGGCUGUCUGAGCCACACGGAGCACCGUGUGUUUUCGGAGAUGUCCUGGAACAGCUUCCCAGGGGCAGCAUUCGUGAAGUCGGCACGUUUUUCGAGAAGCUGGAUGAUGUGAACCGUGCCCACCUGCAGAAAGUGCAGUACUGCUUUCAGCACGGCCAGUGUUGCUCCGCCGUAAGGACCGUGGAUGUGGAUGUGUCCGGCCUUCCAUGCCAGGACAACAGCCGCGCCAACAUCAAGCGCAAGCUGCAGGACGGCAGGUUCGUCCCGGUGUACAUGGUUUGGGCAAAGAAGCACCGCCAUCUGCGCACACCUUUGUUGAUCAUAGAGAACACACCGGAUAUGCCUAUGGAUAUGAUCGGUCACCUCCUCUCCACAGAUUACCACUUGCAUCAGCUGUUUGUGGACCCUGCGGAUGUUGGCCAUGCGGGCGUGUCCCGUGCACGCACAUAUGUCUUUUGUGCACACAAGCAGACGUGCAGCUACAUCAUGGAUGUGCACGAGAUGCACUACUUCAUUUCGCAGGACAUCCGAGACUUUGUGCAGACGAAACCUCGUGAUUAUAUGGUGGCCCCUGAGCAUUUGCGCACUUUGUUUCAGCAGCAGAUUUGCAGAACGCGCAAGAUGGACUUCGUGCCGGGCCAUUCGGACGACUACUGGUUGUUGAACGAGCGUGAACGAUUUUUGGUGCAUCAGCUCGACCUGGACUAUGUGCACAUGUACCAGAAGCACCCGGCCAAAGUAGAAGACCUGAUCUACUUCCUGGGUGACCGGUACGAGCAUACCAGGAAUCGACAGCGAAGCCAUCAUGCCACCAGCGACGCGGCUGCCAAAAGCCACAACCAAAGCGCCCCCCAAGGCAACCGCCAAGGUUGCUCUGGUGCCGCCUGGCCCCAGGCCAGCGUUGCCAGCAGCCCGGCCCCCUGCGCCGCCCCCGCGAUGACAGCGCCGCCUGCUGCAUCUAUGGCUGUGGCUUUGCCCACCGCUGCCAUCACGUGGCCUGGUGGAUUCGUUUCGGGAACAGACCCCGUGAGUACGCGUGGCAUGGCUAAAGCCAAGGGCCCUGGCGGCAGUCACGACAAAGACGAGCUGAUCCGCAACCUCAGGGACGAGUGGAACCGAUUGGGAAGGCCAAUGUCCACGCAAGUGGUGGGACCGGAAGAAGCAGUUCGACUCGUCAUCCAAUACUUCACGGAGAUGGCGAACGGAGGCCGCCCGCGACACCCCGGUGUCCCGACGAACGCGAUUCUGGGCCCAGGAGGACCACCAGCACUACCGGCACCACCGGCGCCGGGAACGGGAACGCCGGCAAUUGCCUGGGAGCCAGCGGCAUCUGCCGCAGCAACAGCGUCAGACGCCGUGCCCGUCAUUGCCACCGUGUACACGGUCAGUGCUGACGAAGCGGGUCAAUGGUCAUUGACUUCUAUGAACACCAUGACAGGGGAAGACAUUGCGUCUUGCACUUUGCCAGCGACGGCUACCGGCUACUAUGUCGUUGUCUUCUCGGAAGGCGUGGCCUACUUCUGGGAUGGGAGCUCGGAGAGUGAAAUGGUUCAUUGCGAGGAGCACAUGGCUGCGCAGACUGAAGACGUUGCAGUGGCAGCGUCUGCGCCCGGAGUUGCACUUGCAUCCGCCCUGCUUCCUGGUAUGUCCGGUGCUGCAGGCCCAGGUCUUACGUCGACCGCACUGGUGCCGCGCCUGCCGGCAGAUGAUGACGAGGACGACUUCUCUUCAGCAGAGGAGAUAGAUCAGCCAGUCCUCGUUGCCUACUCGGAUGGCAGCCAGUCCCUCUUCUAUCGCCAGAGAGCAAUCGAGCUUCCGACGACGACCCGCUGGAAGCUUGUCCAGGACCCGAGCACGGCUGAGUGGCUGGUGGAUGCGGAGAACCAGGAUCCCAAUGUCAAGCCCAAAUGGGUGGCGAAGCUAAUGUCAUCGAAACGGUCCCGUCAGCGGCUUGAUUAUCAAUGGGAGUUGUCAGGAAAGGUGGUUUCAGUUUGA